UCUCCUCUCCUGCUAAAAUGUGCUCAGUUGUGAAUGUGUAAACUGAACUUCUGUAUCUGACAUCCCUCCUGUCCUAACCUGUCACUGCCUUUUUCUCCUCUGACGGUGCCCCAUGCCCAGAGGCAGCAGAUGUCCAACGGCAGCUCCAUCACCCACUUCCUCCUCCUGCCAUUCGCACACACGCGGGACCUGCAGCUCUGCCACUUCUGGCUCUUCCUGGGCAUCUCCCUGGCUGCGCUCCUGGGCAAUGGCCUCAUCAUCACCAGCACAGCCUGUGACCAGCACCUCCACACCCCCAGGUACUUCUUCCUCCUCAACCUCUCCCUGCUGGACCUGGGCUGCAUCUCCACCACUGUCCCCAAAUCCAUGGCCAAUUCCCUCUGGGACACCAGGGUCAUCUCCUACACAGGUUGUGUUGCACAGCUCUUUUUCGUUGUCUUUUUCAUCUCAGCAGAGUAUUCUCUCCUCACUGCCAUGUCCUACGACCGCUACGUGGCCAUCUGCAAGCCCCUGCACUAUGGGACCCUCCUGGGCAGCAGAGCUUGUGUCCACAUGGCAGCAGCUGCCUGGGGCACUGGGUUUCUCAAUGCUCUGCUGCACAUGGCCAAUACAUUUUCACUGCCCCUGUGCCGAGGCAAUGAUGUGGAGCAGUUCUUCUGUGAAAUACCGCAGAUCCUCAAGCUCUCCUGCUCACACUCCUACCUCAGGGAAGUCGGGCUUCUUGUGGUUGGUGUCCUGAUUACUGUUGGCUGUUUUGUUUUUAUUGUGGGGUCCUAUGUGCAGAUCUUCAGGGCCGUGCUGAGGAUGCCCUCUGAGCAGGGACGCCACAAAGCCUUUUCCACGUGCCUCCCUCACCUGGCCGUGCUUUCCCUGCUUCUCAGCACUGGCACAUUUGCCUACCUGAAGCCCCCCUCCAUCUCCUCCCCAUCCCUGGAUCUGGUGGUGUCAGUGCUGUACUCGGUGGUGCCUCCAGCAGUGAACCCCCUCAUCUACAGCCUGAGAAACCAGGAGCUGAAGGAUGCUGUGAGGAAGCUGGUGACCAGAUGUGUUUCAGCAGCCAUACACUGCCUGUUUUGCUCUGCAAAAGACUCCCAGUGAAGGUCACGACAGGUCACGUCUGUCUUUCCUGCUUUACAUUUGUUUUCCUGUUUUGAUUUGCGGUGAUGUCUUCACAGAAAUGUCAGUUUUCAUCUCCUCCUGCUUAA